GCAUAUUGUAAACUGUGAUAGUUGUGUUGUGCCUUUUAGUUAUACAAGUUAUUAAAUUAUUAUAUAACCUACAACAAUGGUUUUAGCCAAAAAAUAUGUAGUGAUAACUCCGUUUGUAGGGGAACCGAAGCCUGAAAAUUUUAUAACUGUUGAAGAAGAAAUAAGGCCUCUAGAGAAAAGUGAAUUUUUAGCUGAAGCGCUGUACAUAAGUGUAGAUCCUUAUCAGAGGGUGAAGCUUGGAAACACAUUCCCUUGCGACAUGAUUGGAGGACAAAUUGCGAGAAUAACCGAAAGCCAAAAUCCGGAUUACCCGGUAGGCGCAUUGGUUAUGGGCCACUUCGGUUGGCGGACGCAUACGAUAGUACACCCCGACAACGCGAAGCUGUGCGGUCAAAAGCCCUACAUGUACUUAUUGCCAGAUUUCGGAGAACUGCCCGUUUCGUUGGGGCUGGGUGUGUGUGGGAGAGUUGGCAAUACUGCGUACUUCGGUUUUACGGAAAUCUGCAAGCCGGUAGCUGGAGAAACCGUGGUGGUGUCGGGGGCAGCGGGCGCCGUAGGCUCACACGUUGGACAAAUUGCUAAAAUUAUAGGUUGCAAAGUAAUCGGUAUCGCCGGGUCCGACGACAAAUGCGUCUGGCUGGUCAACGAGUUAGGCUUCGACUCCGCGGCCAACUACAAAACUGUAAACAUUGCAGACUACCUUAAAAAGAACGCUCCCAACGGCGUAGACUGUUACUUUGACAACGUCGGAGGGGAAAUCAGCAGCACUGUGGUGGCGCAUAUGAACGAGUUCGGGAGGGUCGCCGUGUGCGGGGCUAUCUCAGUCUAUAAUGAAACUGAUCCUAUGAAGCGUAAAGGUACCUUUCUUCAACCGUUCAUAGUCGGGAAACAAUUGAAAAUCGAAGGAUUCCAAGUUAACAGAUUUGCUGAGCGCACUGCAGAAGGCAUACGACAGAAUUUGCAAUGGGUGAAAGAAGGGAAACUGAAAUAUAAGAACCAUAUCUACGACGGAUUUGAAUCUACGGUAGAUGCAUUUAUAGGUUUAUUCAAAGGAGAUAAUACGGGGAAAUCUAUUGUUAAAGUAAAUUAAAGCAAACGCUAUAUUGAAAUGUCAAAUAUUAAAAAUAAAUGUAUUAGGUACAUUAUAAAGCACUUACAUUAUAUA